AUGUCAGGCGACAAGACGACACGUCAGCCCAAGGCGACAAUUGAGCAAGAGAUCCAAUCGAUUCUCGCAUCACUCAAGGAUCCAGACGCCGGAGACGACAGAAGGGACGACGACUUCCCGGCCCACGGACUGGCCGCUGGGGUGGACCGGUUUCAGGCUGGACUGGAGUACUCGUUGGCACGGUCCAACUUCCUGGACGCGCCUACGGUGUACGGACUGCAGGCACUGACACUGUUUCUGCGGCUGACGCGGGCACGGUCGCCGGGACGGUCGGCAUGGAUUAUGCACGGAACGGUGCUGCAGGCGGCACAGUCGAUCGACUUCCACCGUGACGGGGACAACUUUGGGCUGUCGCCAUUCGAGUCGGAGAUGCACACUGCCGGUCUGCAUGUACCGUGCAACCCGGCGGUGCCGCUGCCACGGCUGACGAUCCAGAUGGUGCGCAUGGUGCAGCUGAAGAACAGCCUGGUCAGCCAGCUGCAGCUGCUGACGGCGACGAGAACCAAGGCGACCGGCCGCAGUCAGGUGCCACGCGCGACCGCGGUGUCGCUACUGGGUGCCUGCCAGAUCAUCGAGCUCAGCCCAGACAUCCAGGCGGACGAGCUGCUGCAACACAUGCGCUGGGCUAGCGAUAUCUACCCGCAGUACCACGUGCUGCUGCACCUGGUCUGUCACCUCUGCGAAGGCGAUGCGGAUCCGCGAGGCGACGCAGAAGGGGACGGCACCUCCGGCCUUUCUGCCAGACGUAGAAAUGACGCCUCUUUGGAGACAGCACAAGAGAGGAGACGACCACGAAUUGGGACAACGACUACUUGGGAGGCCGGUGCGGAAGCCGAUCUCCUUUGGCGGCGAAAUCUGGGCGACGAGCGAGGCGAUGAGGCUGACGUACGCGCCAAAGAAAAAGUCGAAGAGGACGGAAAAGGCGAUACUGGCUGGCUGGCUGUUGCCGGGGAUCCAGAGGGCGAGGAUGACGAUGCCGGUGACGGUUUAGGAGACGAUAAAGGCGUUGUACUUGCCAGUCUUGUCGGCGGCUCAGCCGGAGAGCAAACGGCCGACGAGGCUGCCGGCAUUGAGGAUGGCCAGCAGCCCAAAGACGUGCAGCAGCGUGCCGACGAGGAGGAUCUGGCGCGGGCCAUACGAGUCGAAGAGCUUGCCGACAACAGAAUCCUGGACAAGUCAGUAUUCAGAGAAUACAACAGACAGGAGCAGGCGAGUAGUCGAAAGCAGACGAGCAACAUCCAACACCUCAUACGCACCAUAGUCAUCAUGAAAAAGAUCUGCAGCGACGGAAUCCACACAAUCGUGCUGGUCGAGUAG